AUGUCUUCCGAAGAGAGACCACACAAGCUCAUUGCAAACAAGGGCCUUGAGCUGUUGACUUUCGGCACCCCGAACGGUCACAAGGUCAGCAUCUUCCUUGAGGAGCUCAAGGAGGCUUACGGCAAGCCCGACUACGUCUUCCAAUCGAUCAACAUCGGCCAGAACAUUCAGAAAGAACCUUGGUUCACGGAGAAGGGUCCCAAUGGCCGCAUUCCUGUCCUCAUCGAUCACGACCGCGAUGGUCUAGGUAUCAUGGAAGGAGGCGCCAUCCUCUCAUACCUCGCACGCAACUUUGACCUGGAAAAGAAGUUUACUUUCACUGAGGAUCCUGAACUCUCGCAAGUCGAGCAAUGGGUCACAUGGCUUCAAUCAGGCCUCGCUCCCAUGCAAGGACAAGCGAAUCAUUUUUACCGUCUGGCCAAGGAGCGCAUCCCGUACCCGACUCAACGUUACGUCGGCGAGACCGAGCGCCUCUACGGAGUCCUUGACAUCCACCUCCGAGAGCGGACCUACCUCGUCGGCGAGAAGUACACUAUCGCCGACGUUGCCAACUUCAGCUGGGUGAAUGUUGCCUACUUCGCUGGUGUGAACCUCGAGAAUUUCCCCAACCUCCACAAGUGGUGGGAGCGCAUUAACGCUCGUUCGGCAGUGCAAAGGGGUACUGCCAUCCCCAGCGAGAGCAAAUUCAUCAACCAAGUCUACAAGAAGCGACUUACCGAUGAGGACGGCUUCAAGGAGAAGGAGAAUGAGCUGAAGGCGCUCGCCGAUAAGGCGAAGGAGCAAUACGAUUACAAGUUCGCCGCGCCAUGA